AUGCUUCAAAAGGGGAGUUUUAGAAUAAUUUCUUCAGACACUGAAGGUGAAUUGGAGGAUUCCAGGGAUACACUGGCUUCUGAGACAGAGACCAGUGCGGGGCCCGAUGUGUGCCAGGUGGAGCCUGCAGAGACACUUGUGUUUUUUGACCUGGAGACCACAGGCCUGGACCAAUCCUGUGAGAUUGUUCAGCUAUCUGCAGUAAGUGGUGAGAAGCUGUUUGACAAAUAUAUCCUGCCCAUGUCAGAAUGUGCUUCAGUCAAUGGAAUGCGAGUUGUGGAUGGAACCUUGUUUCUGAGAGGAAAACCUCAACCAACCUCCAGCCUUCAAGAAGCAAUGGCUGCUUUCCUCAAAUUCCUUCAGUCUGUCUCCAGGCCUGUGUUGAUCGGACACAACAUUUGGAGGUUUGACUGCUCUGUUAUUCACAGAGUCUGGGAAAAACUCUCUAUGAAGGAUCAGUUUAAUGAAUGUAUUGUUGGAUUCUUAGAUACACUUUGGCUGGCGAAAAAUAUGAUUUCCAGACGAGCUGUUAAGAGCUACUCCCUGCACCAUUUGGUAUUUACAUGUGUGAGGAAAGAUUUCGUUGCCAAGAAUUCUCUGGAAGAAGUGAAGAUAUUGCAGGAACUGUACUCAGUUCUUAACCCUUCUCCAGAGCAGACGUGCAAUGCUCAGUUUUCUCUCUCCCAGUUUGAGUGCAGGCUGUCUCUACAGCCUUUACUUGAUCAGAAGAUAAUAUCAAAUCCCAUAUUAGUCCAACUUGCUAAGCAGGAAAUCAGCCUGGAGAAGAUUAAAUCUGCACAUCAAGAAGAUCCUAGAUGUGGUGUGCAGAAACUCCUCUAUGUGAAUGGCAACACCGUACUCUCUAGACCAGAGCUCACUAUCCGGAAAAUCCGAGCAUUUUUACGUGUAAAAUCCCUCAAGGACAGAAAGCUUGAUAGCAUGUGGUGGAAUGCAACACAGAAUGUUAAAUAGACCAGUGCUGAACUCCUGGCGCCCAGUGACACUAAGACCCAGAUAAGCUGGUUAUCGCUCAAGCUGCAAUAAAUGUUUCGGUUCUGUAAAACAAGUUGGAAUGGAUGCAAUUACUUUGGAAAUUUUAAAUAUUCCUACUUGAGUUGGUGUUGAAUUCUGGUAGUGAAUGUCAAAUGAUAUUCUUGGAUUUGCACCUGCAGACUCAAAGAGUGUGGGACAAGCAACAAAACAAAGCGUAUUCUGCACUUUUAACUUGCAGGAAAAGAGAAGCUGAUGUGAUUGCUGUUUUUCAAAUUCUAAAGGGAUUAGAUAAUGUAUUGUAGACCAUGAGAAGCUGUUUUAUCUUGUACUCAAGUAGAACCAGAGGACAGGGUCUGCGAUUGAAGGGGGUAAAUUCAAAACAAAUCUGUGGAAACAUUAUUUCAGGGAACAAGUGGUACAUCUAUGGAACAGGGUCCCGAGGGAGAAGAAGGAAGCAGAAAGUGUUGAUUUAUUCAGAUGCAAAUUAGACAGAGUUAUUUAAAAAAUAAUAUUUUG